UUGCUUUCAAGUGCAAUGUACUAUUUGGAGAUUUAUUGUUGAACUGAAAGACAGCGUUUUGAAUAUAGAAAGACAUUAGGGAGUAGAAAAAACAGAAAACUCAAACUGUGUUGUGGGAAAGGCAUCAAACAUAUGACUACUACUUCUAUUCGCUUAAUGUUUAACAGAUAAUUAUUGAUGAUUUAUUUAUACUAGAUACUACUAGAGCAUCAAGAUUAUUCAGAAGGUGUGCUCUGGAGUUCAUUUUAGAGGAAUCCUGUAUGUAUUACAUGGCAAAAGGCAAUCAUUCAUCAGUGACUGACUUCAUUCUCCUAGGGCUCACAGAUAAUCCGAAACUUCAAGUCCUUCUCUUUGGUGUAUUCCUACUGAUUUACUUAGUUACUGUUAUGGGUAAUCUUGGUUUAAUUGUGCUAAUCCAAAUCAGUCCUCAGUUUCACACACCAAUGUAUUUUUUCCUUAGCCAUCUGGCUUUUGUGGAUUUUUAUGGUACCUCUGCUAUCACUCCAAACACCCUUGUCAACUCUUUGCGUGAAAUUAAAAGCAUGUCAUUUUAUGCAUGUGCCACUCAAGUGUGUUGCUUUAUCACAUUUUCAGUUUGGGAAUUACUGUUGCUCUCUGUCAUGGCAUAUGAUCGGUAUGUUGCCAUCUGCAACCCUUUACUCUACGUAGUUCUCAUGCCUAGGGGGCUCUGCAUUAAAAUGGUCACUAGCUCAUAUAUUUACGGAUUCACUGUGGGACUCAUACAAGCAAUGGCCACAUUCCACAUGUCUUUUUGUGACUCUAAUGUGGUUAACCAGUUCUACUGUGAUGAUGUUCCUCUGAUUGCUCUGGCUUGUUCAGAUACACAAGUCAAGGAGUUAAUGUUGUUCAUUAUUGCUGGGUUCAAUGUUUUUUGUUCUCUUAUCGUUGUUCUCGUCUCCUAUGUUUUUAUUGUCUUUGCUAUCCUAAGGAUCCACUCUGCUGCAGGAAGACAGAAAGCCUUUUCUACCUGUGCUUCUCACGUGUUUUCUAUUUCCAUAUAUUAUGGGACCCUCAGUUUUAUGUACCUACAGCCUAAGUCAAGCCAUGCACUAGAUAAAGACAAAUUUGCCUCAGUAUUCUAUACAGUGGUGAUUCCCAUGCUAAAUCCAUUGAUCUAUAGCUUGAGGAAUCAAGAGGUAAAAAAUGCUAUGAAAAAGAUUAUUAAAAAGAUGUAUUCUAGUAAUCAACAGUAAAAUCUGUUGGUACUAAAAGAAAUGUUACAUACAGAGUCAGGAUAUUUUGAAUCAAGUCUUGUAAAAUGCUAGUAUAUGUAGAAGUCUUUGUCCUAUGGGGCUUAUUUUCCUUGAAAAUAUGUAUUUUUAUUGCUUUGUCUUACAAAUGAUAAGCACUUUAUAAAUGUUCAUUUUACUGUUGAACUGUAAAAGAGAGAUAAGAAUAAUCUCUCUUUAACCAUGAGAUGUUUCAACAUUAAAUAGAAAUAAAAAAGAAAUUACCUUGA